GGAACGAAGAACCUGCUGAAUGAGAGUCGUCCUGCUAUGCCAAAACUACUCUUCUCGAAGAUAAGGAUCUAUGAGUUUAAGGAGCUCAUUCGAAACAAGAAGCAAGUCAAAACACUGGACGUUCUCCUGAGCAGAAGGAAGCAGAAAAACGAUAUCAGAUGUUUUUUAGUCCAGAAAAUUACUCUCCCAUCUGAUGCUGAUUCUCACCUUCAAGAGGAUGACAUACUCAAGCCAAAGCUGGAGAAGCUGUUGGAGGACAAAUGCUACCUUGCUGCCUUUCGUGCUUUUCUCCAGUCAGAGUUCAGCGAAGAGAACGUUGAAUUCUGGUUAGCAUGUAAGGAAUACAAGGAGGCCACAUCGUCCAGCAUGCUCCCCAAAAAAGCAGCAGAGAUCUACCACAUGUUUCUUGAUCCUAUGGCUCAGAAAGAGGUCAACAUUGACUAUCACACACGUGAGAAGAUCAAGAGGUCCAUAGUGAAUCCUGAUCCAUGCUGCUUUGAUGAGGCUGAGAGACUUGUGUUCAAGCUGAUGGAGAGAGACUCCUGUCCCAGGUUCCUGAAGUCUGCGGCCUACCAGAACGUCAAAAGGAAAGCCUUGGGCAUAGGGACCUUCCACCAAAAGAUCACUUCUUGAGUGAAAACGAAAAGCAACAGCGCGUCAUAUCAGGUCAUGACUCCAGGAAGUGUCUGGGACGAGGAUUUAUGCACGUGGCUUAAGGGGAAUUACUGAGGAGAACAGAAAGUAUACAAUGUGUAGAGAUCCUAUAUGAAAUGUUUCAACAGUUAGUACAAUAGUAAGGGGUGAAUGAGUGGACAUGUUUUAUAAAUUGUCAGGAGAGGAUCUGCAAUAAAAGAUGGAAAAAAAAGAUGUCACAUUUAUUACAUGUCACAAGAAUCCUUUUCUUAGGAUACAGUAGUUACAUUGUUAAUCAUGUAGACUAUUGGUUUACCACCAGUAAUUAUAGUGACUAGCAUAACUGUUGCGUACCCGAGACCAAUGGUUUGGUGACACUGAUUAUAAACUGCGUCAACCAUGCAAACAUAAACAGCAGUCAGACUAUAUUUAGAGGUCUUAUGACAUUGACUAAUUAUGAGCAGGUAAGAGACUUUGAGGAGAACUUUUCCACCGCUGGAGUGCAAGUUUUGUUUUGGUCACAUGCCUGAUCCGGGUUAAUUGGUGCUGAGACAGGAGUCGGGCGACAGUGUCAGGAAAGAUGAAAACGAGCCACACUACUGCUUGACCUUUUUCUGAAAAUGGCUUACUUCUUGCAGUCCCAAACUUAAAAAGGCAAUUCUCAAGUGCUAAGAAUAUCUUGUUUGACUGACCUCUAAUUCUACCCACAGAGUGAGAUGUCAUCAGUAGUUUAAUCCGUGGCAAAUCACCCUUAAUACAUCUCCUUCUUGGGAAAAAGUAAUCUGAUCAAGGCACUACUGUUUUACUGGAAUCCUCUUGCUAAUGAAUAAGCUUGCUCUUCUGCCUAAUUGAAAAAUUACUGAGCACUUAUUGAAUUAAAAGUGUAAGUAUUUUACAUUUAUCCCCAGUACAUCUUGUCCCCAUGCAUCGUUUAGAGUAGUGUCGAACCAUGGCUAUUAGAGUAAGGCCUUCAGUUUGGGCCAUAAAUGUCCAAACUCAAAACAAAAAUGAGGGAACUCAAACACUUCUAAAGCACAAUGCUAAUUUUUGUAAGCUUAUUCUAUGAGAUUCCAGUAGUAUAUUAGUGCUAAGAUAACAGUAAUUAACAUGAACUUUGUUGGGGAAAUCUGAAGCUUGUGAAACAUAUUUCAUGUUUUAUUUCAAUCUUGUAACAGACAUAUUAAUAUAUGUUUUAUCUUGUAGAUGGUUUACAGCAACUCUUUCAGAACCCUGACAAAGAGCUGCUACUGUUUUUCAUUUCCAUCUGGCCGAAACACAUUACUAGGCUAUCACUCAUAGUCAGUAUUAUGAUGUAUUUAGGACUUCUAUUAAGGCUAGAAUGACUUGGACCCAUCCAAGUAAUGAUGAGUUGUUUCCAUUGUCAAUUCCUGAUUAUGUUAGUGGAUAAUCUGACACAUUAGGUCUUCUGUUCAGCUCCUGAAGUCCUAACCAGUGGUGUAGUCAGUUGUAUACACAGGCAGACUUCAUAAACUGACUUUUUUACCAGUCUGUUUCUACUUACUUUCUUUCUGAUGAAUUAAUGCAUAUCUCCACUUAUUCCACAGUAUUCUACUGCAUCUAACAAGUCAAGGUGAGGCAAAACAUAAUCCAUGAGUUUUAAAAUGGUUUGAUUGGUUAACGUUUCCAUUUCUAUGGAUAUCAGCACUGGAUAGCACUGAAUUCAAUCUCUUCAGUCUUUCAUUUCAGGGAAAAAUAGAUGGAUUGUGAAUGAAAAUUGAUAAAUAAAGAGUAUUGACUGAUGUCAACAAAGAUGUUAUUUUCAGUUAACACAUCGGAUAAGCACAUGAACAUGGCAUGUUAACUAUACUUGAGUAGGGUUCGCUUAUGUCAGCUCUGUAAAUACAGCAGAAUUUGAGCAGUUUUGUAUAUUAUUAGUAAUUUAACAACUACUCUUGUAAAAUGCUGACCUGCUUUGAAAUAAAGCCAGAAUAUUUGAAACUGAAAGUACACAAGAUGUCGCAAUUUCAAAAAGAGGUCUGAAAAUAAAUGCAUUCUGAUGCUUAACCAUG